AUGACCCCCUCAGCGCCCGUCUUCAUCAUCGGCGGGCUGAUCGUGCUCCUGAUGCCGCUCCUGAUGCACUACUGGUUCACCCAAGCUGCCACCUACACCGUCCUCCCGUCGAUCCUGCUCGUGGGCCCCAGCGGCGCCGGCAAGACGACUCUCCACACCCUCCUCGAGCGCCGCGCCUCCCCCUCUGAGACGCACACCUCGCAGACGUGGUCCUCGACGGAACUCGCAAUUGACGAGAGCCGCACCUCUUCGUACCGCGACGACCUCGACGCCACGGGUGCCACCGCCGUCAGGUUCCUGAUGGUUGACACCCCCGGGCACGGCAAGCUGCGGCACUACGCCUUUGGGCGGCUCACCCCCGAGGGGACGCUGUCCACCAAGCUCAAGGCCGUGGUGUUCGUAGUCGACGCGGCCGCCCUCUCGGAGCCCAAUAUCCUGGCCGACACCGCGGCCUACCUGUACGACGUCCUCCUCCGGCUACAGAAGCGCAUGGGGUCCACCAAGACGAGCAAGGCGCCCUAUACCAUCCCGGUGCUGGUCGCGGCCAACAAGACGGACCUGUUCACGGCGCUGCCGGCCAAGCUCGUCAAGACCAACCUCGAGAAGGAGCUGGGCCGGAUAAGGAAGACGAGGAGCAAGGGCUUGCUGGACUCGGGCGUGGGCGCUGACGACCUCGGUGGUGGGGCAGAUGAGGCUGACGACUGGCUGGGCGAGUAUGGCAGUGACGAGUUCAAGUUUGAACAGAUGAGAGAGUUUGAUAUCGAUGUGGAUGUGGAGGGCGGUGCUGUCCUGGGAGACAAGCCGAAUGUGGAUAGGUGGUGGGCUUGGAUUGGGAACAAACUAUAA